CCAACAUGGCGGCUCCAUAUUAACUUUCCCCCCCUUCGGCAGCCGCUGCCACCGCCCGCCGCCCCCUCGCCUUGGUAGCCGUCAUGCCGGGCAUGAUGGAGAAAGGAGCCGAGCUCCUGGGGGGCGCCAAGAGUAGGGCGGCCGCCAACGGCACCAAGAACGGCGGCGGCGGUGGUGGCAGCCCCGGUUCUAACGGGCACUUUUCCGAGCCGGAGAGCGGCAGUGGUGGUGGCGGCGGCGGCGGAGGCGACAGCGGAGACGAGCACGAUGUAGGAAUGAGGGUCGGAGCAGACUACCAAGCUCGCAUCCCUGACUUUGAUCCUGGAGCUACAAAAUACACAGAUAAAGACAAUGGAGGGAUGCUUGUAUGGUCUCCAUAUCAUAGUAUUUCAGAUGCCAAAUUGGAUGAAUACAUUGCAAUAGCAAAGGAAAAACAUGGCUACAAUGUGGAACAGGCACUUGGCAUGUUAUUCUGGCAUAAGCACAACAUUGAGAAGUCCCUUGCGGAUCUCCCAAAUUUUACUCCUUUUCCGGAUGAGUGGACGGUUGAAGAUAAAGUCCUCUUUGAACAAGCCUUCAGUUUCCAUGGGAAAAGCUUUCACAGAAUCCAACAGAUGCUUCCAGACAAGACGAUUGCAAGCCUUGUAAAAUAUUACUACUCCUGGAAGAAAACCCGUUCUAGAACCAGUUUAAUGGACCGCCAAGCUAGGAAGCUGGCUAACAGAAAUAAUCAAGGGGACAGUGAUGAUGAUGUAGAAGAAACUCACCCAAUGGAUGGAAAUGAUAGUGAUUAUGAUCCCAAAAAGGAAACUAAAAAAGAGGGAAAUAGUGAGCAGCCUGUUCAGUCCAGCAAAAUAGGAUUGGGUAGAAGAGAAUAUCAGAGUUUACAACAUCGUCAUCACUCCCAGCGUUCUAAAUGCCGUCCUCCCAAAGGCAUGUACCUAACUCAAGAAGAUGUAGUAGCAGUUUCCUGUAGCCCCAAUGCAGCCAACACACUGCUUAGGCAGCUGGAUAUGGAAUUGAUCUCGCUGAAGCGACAGGUUCAGAAUGCUAAACAAGUAAACAGUGCACUUAAGCAGAAAAUUGAAGGUGGGAUAGAAGAAUUCAAACCUCCUGAGUCAAAUCAAAAAAUCAAUGCCCGUUGGACAACAGAAGAACAACUUCUUGCAGUUCAAGGUGUCCGCAAGUAUGGUAAAGAUUUUCAAGCUAUUGCUGAUGUAAUUGGCAACAAGACUGUUGGUCAAGUGAAGAACUUCUUUGUAAACUACAGGCGUCGGUUUAACUUAGAGGAGGUAUUGCAGGAGUGGGAAGCAGAACAAGGAACCCUGGCUUCUAAUGGUGAUGCCUCUGCUUUAGGGGAGGACACAAAAAAUACUAAUGUGCCAUCAGGAAAGAGCACUGAUGAAGAAGAUGAGGCCCAGAUCCCACAGACACCUCAGUGUGUAGGGUCUUCUCCACCUGCCCAGGCGUCUACUCCAACACCAGCAACCCCUGUAACAACUCUGAACCAGCCUCCUCCAUUACUUCGUCCAACCCUUCCGGCCGCGCCAGCUCUCCAUCGUCAGCCUCCACCACUUCAGCAACAGGCUCGAUUUAUUCAGCCAAGGCCAACCCUAAAUCAGCCCCCUCCACCUCUCAUCCGCCCAGCUAAUUCCAUGCCUCCUCGUCUAAACCCAAGACCAGCAUUAUCCUCCAGUGGCGGCCCACAGCCACCGUCGCUUAUCGGAAUCCAGACAGAAUCACAGGCCCCUCUGCACUAAAGUAGUAGGGCAGAACUAUGGUAAAUAACAAAAAUGUAUCAGUGUCUAUUUUUCCUCAGAUAAUGAAAGGGGGGAAGGGAGAGAAAGCAAGCCUUCCACAAUAUUGAAGCAGUCUUACACAAAAGAGCAAGGUGGAAACCUUAGCAACAGAAAUAUGUGAAUGGCCAUCUGUAUUAGAGAAACGUCAGUGCAGUAGAUUGCUACAGCAAACCAUGUCUUUGAAGUCAGCCUUUUUACACAGCUAACUUCUUAAAAAAAAAACGUUCAAUGCACUAAGACUUCAACUGGUUUUUACUCUAUUUAUUUUAUAAAAUUCUUUAUUCAAUUACAUGGAAACAAACCAUCUGGAGAGUGUAGGAGUUUCAACUUCAGUUCCGAAGUGGGAUGUAAACCUGAAAUAUUGGGGAAAUUAUUUUUACAUUUUCCUAUGUUAGGAGCGCAAGCAUUACUAACAAGCCUGCCAUUCAGAUUUUGACAAAUAUCGUAACUUCAUACAUUUUUUAGGCUUGUAAUUUUUUAGAUUUCUCUAUUAACUGCUUUUCUUCAGUAUACCUGUUUGAAAAGUUGUCUUGAAGAUUUGCAAAGCUCUAUGGUACAAAAUAGGUUAAACCUAUAUAUGUGGUCUUCUGAUACUGGAAGCAUGACUUGCUAGUGCAAAAUCUGUGGUAGGCAAUGGAUGAGCCAGCAUCUUUGCUUUACAUUUAACAUGAAAAAUUUAACACCAGUAGCAACCUCUGUUGCCAUGUGGUUACUAAAGUCAUCUUCUUUUUAAAUAAUCUUUGUAGUACUACUUUUUACCUGAAAUUUUAUUCUCUUAAGUUCUGGCAAUAAAUUAGCAAGGAGUACCCAGCUGAAUUUCGUAGGUACAGGGGCACUGUGAAACAAUCAAAUAUUAAGUAUGUCUUUAUCUGCCAUUGCUUCCUUCUUGGACUACUCCACUCUAUUUUUUGCAGAUGCAUUUCCCCCUAUUUUUACUUGGUAUUGAAGCAGUGACUAAAUCAUGCUUUAUUUAAUCAAUUAGGAAACAGCAUUGCAGCUCUAUGUGGACUUGCUUCUCUUAGUUUGGGGCAAGAAAUGCUGAGCUACAAAAGUCUUCUGUUUUCAGGAAAAGAUAGGCAUUUCUUCUUUACUGUCCCAGCUGACUUCUCCACUUCUUACUGAAGCAACGGUGUUUAACAUUCAAAGUUUAAGAUGAUUUCGUGUGCAGCAAAGUUGUACCAGCCUCUUAUGUACUGCAUUUUACAGCUCAAGUGUCAAAACUUUUAGAUUAGCGCCUUAAUCAUGAUUAAGGUGCUAAAGGGAUAUAUAUCCAUUAACUUUCAUUUUCUCGUUUUGUUGUUGUUGAAAUAAUCUUAUUUAAAUAGAAUUUUCUUUUGUUUGUAGUAUAUUAAACAUAAAUCCCCCUUCCAUGGGUUUCUCUUCAUACUACAUGUGUACUCCCGGCCACAGUGUUUGAUUAUAAAUACUGGCUUUUCAAAAGAAGAAAAGCAGGUCUGUCAGUUGCCAGAAUUCUUGGUACUUCAUGGUAUUUGAACUUUGGUUCUGGGGUCAAUAUUAAUCUUCUGAAUUCUUCCAACCCCAGUUUAUGCAUUUUGGCAUAACUCUUUAACUACCAAUCUAACAUUGCAUUUCCAGUAUUUAAGUAUGUAGAUCAGGUCUCCCAGUGACUGUAUUGUCCUUUUUUGCUACUUUUUGUCUUGUCUCUUGUUGCUAAAACUUCAGUAUACAGAAGGUUGGGUGCUGCCAUGCAAAUGGCAGUUUUAGGCUAUCAAAACUGUAACUGGGCACUUGAUCGUUUGGGUGAGAUAGGUAUGUACGUAGUGUAAUAUUGCUUUACAUACGCUAUACCACACAGUAACGAAAUGUUUAGCAUUUGUAGUACUGAAUAUGUACAUAGCAAAAUGUUGUCCUUUCCAAAAAAAAUUGUGUGCUUUCCAGAUUAUGUGCAUACAGCUUGCACGUCCUGUUUUGGGUAGGGGGUUGUGUUAAGCAGUGUUUUUUGCCUGGAAGAGUGAUAUGCUUGCUGCUUAAUCAAAGAAUUAAAGUUUCCAAGGAAUCUGUGUCUAUUUUUAUGUACCUUGUAAUGGUUUAAAAUGUUUAGGGCCCGUAUACUGUGAUUCUCUUCUAAAUUCAUUUAUAUUUUUUUAAAGAUUAGAAAUAAAACUAUAUGAUUUUUCAUUUCAAAGGGUUUUUCCUUUUUGCCGUACUAUAAAAAAAAAUCCAGCUUGACUUUGUACCGUUGCUAUAAACCACAAUAUUAAUUUUGGUUUACUUUUUGUCACUUUAUGAAAUGUAAAAUGUUUGCACUCCCUUUAAGUUGGGCAGAGAAAAUAUUUCUUACAUUGGUUUUGACAAAUGUAACUUUACAGCUCCUUUUUAUGUACAGUUUUUCAGUUACAAUAAAGAAAUAAUAAAAACUUUUAAA